GAAGGAAGGUCAAACAUCAGUGUGAUUAUUUGGAUAUGAAUGAACACUGACUUCGACAAUAUCGUGAAGAUACAAAGUUCAAUAGUGAAGAUACAUCUUAUACACAUGUACGGGAAGGUCGCUUACACAUAAAACAAAAAUGGCCGACAGUGAGCGGAAAGUCGUUGUGGGUGUAGAUGUGGGCGGUACUAACACUGACGCUGUGCUUGUCCAGGUCAACGCUUCCCCGCCGAAAGUAGUGUCGUCUGCUAAGAGUUUGACUACAAAUGACGUCACUACAGGAAUAAAACGCGCUGUUUCAAAAUCUAUCCUGGAAGCUCAACCGUCCAGUACAAACCCUCUCAACAUUACUCAACUGAACAUUGGAACAACUCAUUUUGUCAACGCUAUAGUUCAAAGGAAAAAUCUCGCGAGAGUUGCCGUAAUCAGACUGUGCGGCCCAGCGUCACAGUCUGCCCCUCCGUUCAGUGACUUCAAAGAUGAUUUGAGGGAUUAUAUAAAUGGCGGCGUAUUCAUGGUGAACGGUGGAUACGAGUUUGACGGGAAAGUGAUAACUGAAGUGUCGCGUUCAGAGAUUCAAGCAUGUGUGGAGAAAUGUGUGAGAAACGGAAUUAACAAUUUCGUCAUUUGCGGAGUGUUUUCCCCGGUAAAAAGUAAACAAGAAGAGGACGUUAAAGAAAUCAUUCAGGAAGUGCACCCAAGCGCUAGUGUUACACUGUCAAACGAAAUCGGACAUAUAGGCUUGUUAGAAAGAGAAAACGCAUCCAUUCUAAACGAAUGCCUUAAGCCUUUAAGCGGGAAUACCAUAGAAGGCUUCCGACUGGCAGUAAUUGAUCUUGGACUAAACUGUCCGUUUUAUUUGACACAAAAUGACGGUACAAUUGUUUCUGAAAAAGUUGCUCGUAGCCAGCCCGUCCGAACAUUUGCGUCCGGACCCACGAACAGUAUGAGAGGAGCAGCGUUUUUAUCUGGAGUUAAAAACGCCAUUGUUGUUGAUAUCGGUGGUACUACCACGGAUGUUGGCAUACUACAGAAGGGAUUCCCACGAGAGGCAUCUUCGGAAAUAAUGGUCGGCGGGAUCCGUACUAACUUCCGGAUGCCAGACGUAAAGAGUAUCGGUCUUGGAGGUGGUUCGUACGUUUCCGUUGAUCCAGUUUGUGUCGGUCCCAGGAGUGCUGGCUACAAUUUAACCAAUGAGGCAUUAGUAUUCGGGACUGAAUCUGACGUGGCGACCAGGCGAUUAACUGCUACAGACGUGGCAGUGGCAGCCAAACUGUGCUGUAUCGGGUCACCAGAAAACGUAUCUCACAUCGAACCGACACCGAUUAUUGAUAAGAUACGCGAAAUGGUGGAGGAAGCCACAGAUCAAAUGAAAACAUCUGCCGCCGAUUUGCCUGUGAUUUUGGUAGGAGGGGGGACAAUAUUGCUCGACCAAAGCAAAGAUCUCCAUGGUGCAAGUGAAGUCCUCAAGCCGAUGUAUUAUGACGUAGCCAAUGCUGUCGGUGCUGCUCUCAGUCAAGUUUCUGGUUCUAUUGAUAAAGUAUACAGCAUGUCUGACUUUAUAGACCAACACGAACUUUCUGCUGCCAUUCAAACAAAAAAGAAUGAUCUAGACGUUACUGCCACAAAGGAAGAAAUAGAGAAUGCAGAAAAAGACAUAAGGAAGUCAUUUUAUCAAAAAGCGCGGGAAAGGGCAUUAGAAGAAGCUCAAACAAUCGCGGUUGAUUUGUUGGUGGACGCGGGCGCAAGUCGUGAAAAUAUAGAGCUUGUUGAGAAAGAUGAGACCCCAUUAUCAUAUCUUCCUGGGAACGCAACAAGAAUACAGAUUAAAGUUGUCGGGGAUUUAAACGUGUCACAGGCGACCGGUAACAAAAUCUGUGAGUUUUCCAUGCCUAAAUCGAUCGCCAUUGAUGAAGAACAUCUACAAGGGAAACAGAUAUCAACAGCGACUGGAAAAUUGAUAGACACCGGGAUAUUCAAAGAAACAGUAUAUGAUACAGAAAUCGACGAAACAACCGGCGAAUGGAUUCUAUCUACAUGGGAUGUGGAAUGUAUUGGACUAGGUGCAGGGAUUCUUGGGUGUGGUGGUGGUGGGAGCCCCUACCUUGGGCGUCUUUUGGCCAAAAUGGCAAUAAAAGAGGGCAAGGUCAUUCGUGUCAUCACGAAAGAAAAGCUGCGUUCAAAAUGUCAACCAAAACAAGGGAAAACAUCGAGCGUCGUUGUUCCCGUUGCCUUAAUGGGGGCCCCGUUGAUAGUGACAGAGAAGCUGGUAUGUGGAGAGGCAGCUAAAUCACUGUCGUGUCUUCAACAACUGUACAUGGAUGGUUAUCGCGAUGGAAAAUUGCCUUCCCGAUUCAACAAAUCAAUUCAGUCCGAUAGUGGUAAAACAUACAUAGAAAAUUAUCAAUCAUUAGAAACAUCGACUCCCUCAAAUAUAGCUUUCAAUGACCAGGAAAUUGUCGCAUUAGUAUCAGCAGAAGUUGGAGGUAUGAACUGUAUAGAGCCAUUGCUGGUAUCUGCAGAACUAGGGAUUCCGGUCCUGGAUGCUGACGGUAUGGGGCGGGCAUUCCCAGAACUCCAAAUGUACUCUCCUCUAAUAUAUGGUGGGAAACCAUAUCCAUCUACACUGGCCGAUGCCAAAGGACGCAAGGACGUGGUUUUAAAAGUAGAUACUGCUAAAACACUUGAAGAUCACUUUCGUAGAACUGUAGUAGACAUGGGAUGUAGCGCUAUCGUCACCAUCUCAAGUGUGCGCGUGGAGGACGAACUCGAUACAUUGAUCCACUACUCUAUAAGCCAUGCAUGGAGGCUAGGACGGGCUGUCCUACUAAGUCGCCGCGAAAACACCUCGCCGACAGAUGCGAUACGAAAGGAAACCGGCGGAAUUUUGACAAUCACUGGGAAGAUCAUUGACGUCUGCCGGGAGCUCACUGGUGGUUUCAAUAAAGGGUUUUUAAAGAUAGCUGGGACUGGUGAUUUCACCGAUAAAAAAGGCUUGAUUGAAUUCCAGAACGAGAACCUGAUUGUGAAAAUUGGUGCUGGAUUCAGCGGUACAGAUGAUAUGGGGGUAGUGUCCUGUGUCCCAGACCUUAUCACUGUUGUGGACAGUGAUUCAGGGGAACCUAUUCCCACAGAAAAUGUCCGAUACGGACAAAGGGUUAGCGUUCUUACUAUUCCCUCUCAUGACAUGCUCAGGACGCCACGCGCUCUGGAGUUUGUUGGGCCUCGGGCGUUCGGUUACAGCGAUAUCGAGUUUAGUCCAUGUGGACCUUGUCCAGAAAUUGAACCUGUGGGCCCGAGGUAAAAACAAGCGUAUGAUAUUACCCUAAUGGGUAUGAAACUGCUGUAAUUGUUAUUUUAAGUGUGAGCGGUAUGUCAUAUAUAUGUGUGUUAUGUUUAGGCAGAUGCGCAAUAUGUCCAUAUACAUAUAUGUGUAUGUUCCUGUAUUUUUUUUUAUACAGAUGUGCGGUAUACCCGCCAUACGUAUGUGUGUUAUGUUUAUACAGAUGUGCGGUAUGUCAUCAAUCGUAUUUGUGUUAUGUUUAUACAGAUGUGCGGUAUGUCAUCAAUCGUAUUUGUGUUAUGUUUAUACAGAUGUGCGGUAUGUCAUCAAUCCGUAUUUGUGUUAUGUUUAUAAAGAUGUGCGGUAUGUCAUCAAUCGUAUUUGUGUUAUGUUUAUACAGAUGUGCGGUAUGUCAUCAAUCCGUAUUUGUGUUAUGUUUAUACAGAUGUGCGGUAUGUCAUCAAUCCGUAUUUGUGUUAUGUUUAUACAGAUGUGCGGUAUGUCAUCAAUCGUAUUUGUGUUAUGUUUAUACAGAUGUGCGGUAUGUCAUCAAUCGUAUUUGUGUUAUGUUGGUUUUUUUAAAGAUGUGCGGUAUGUCAUCAAUCCGUAUUUGUGUUAUGUUUAUACAGAUGUGCGGUAUGUCAUCAAUCGUAUUUGUGUUAUGUUUAUACAGAUGUGCGGUAUGUCAUCAAUCGUAUUUGUGUUAUGUUUUUUUUAAAGAUGUGCGGUAUGUCAUCAAUCGUAUUUGUGUUAUGUUUAUACAGAUGUGCGGUAUGUCAUCAAUCGUAUUUGUGUUAUGUUUUUAAAGAUGUGCGGUAUGUCAUCAAUCGUAUUUGUGUUAUGUUUAUACAGAUGUGCGGUAUUUCAUCAAUCCGUAUUUGUGUUAUGUUUAUACAGAUGUGCGGUAUGUCAUCAAUCGUAUUUGUGUUAUGUUGGUUUUUUUUAAAGAUGUGCGGUAUGUCAUAAUUCCGUAUUUGUGUUAUGUUUUUAAAGAUGUGCGGUAUGUCAUCAAUCCGUAUUUGUGUUAUGUUUUUUUUAAAGAUGUGCGGUAUGUCAUAAUUCCGUAUUUGUGUUAUGUUUUUUAAAGAUGUGCGGUAUUUCAUCAAUCCGUAUUUGUGUUAUGUUUUUUAAAGAUGUGCGGUAUGUCAUCAAUCCGUAUUUGUGUUAUGUUUUUAAAGAUGUGCAGUAUGUCAUCAAUCCGUAUUUGUGUUAUGUUUUUUUUUAAAGAUGUGCGGUAUGUCAUAAUUCCGUAUUUGUGUUAUGUUUUUUAAAGAUGUGCGGUAUUUCAUCAAUCCGUAUUUGUGUUAUGUUUUUAAAGAUGUGCGGUAUGUCAUCAAUCCGUAUUUGUGUUAUGUUUUUAAAGAUGUGGGGUAUGUCAUCAAUCCGUAUUUGUGUUAUGUUUUUUAAAGAUGUGCGGUAUGUCAUCAAUCCGUAUUUGUGUUAUGGUUUUAAAGAUGUGCGGUAUGUCAUCAAUCCGUAUUUGUGUUAUGGUUUUAAAGAUGUGCGUUAUGUCCACCAUGGUUUGUUUAUAGAGUUGUGUGGUUUGUCCUCCAUACGUAUGUUUUUGCUUAUACAGAUGUGCGAAAUUUCCUCCAUGCCUACAAAGUAUUUGUUUGCUUAUACCAAUGUGCGGUAUGUCCACCAUACAUAUGUUUUUUGCUUAUACAGAUGUGCGGUAUUUCCUCCAUGCGUAUGUAUGAUAUGUUUAUAAAGAUGUGCGGUAUAUCCACCAUACGUAUGUGUUUUGUUUAUACAGACGUGCGGCAUGUCCACCAUCCGUAUGUGUGUUGUUUAUAAAGAUGUGCGGUAUGUCCACCAUCCGUAUGUGUGUUAUGUUUAUAAAGAUGUGCGGUAUGUCCACCAUCCGUAUGUGUGUUGUUUAUAAAGAUGUGCGGUAUGUCCACCAUUCGUAUGUGUUUUGCUUAUACAGACGUGCGGCAUGUCCACCAUACGUAUGUGUUUUGCUAAUACAGAUGUACGGUAUUGUUCAAUCUUUGAUAUUUGUAUAGUAAUUAUAUUUCUGAGCAAAUAUUACAGUGUUUCAUGAUCAGUUCCCGUUAUAUCAUUUUUCAAACGUUGAUCAUGUUAUCUAAAUAGUAAAAUAACCAACUCAUGUUUUUAAAAUGUUUACCUACAAGAAACAAUGCAUUGUGUGAAUUGCAAGUCCUUUAUGAUAAUCUUCUGUAGUAUCUUAAAUCGAUUUUUUUGUUUUUUGUUUUUUUUUUAGUCAAUUUCCAAUUUUUGAUAUUUUGUUCAUCUGAACACAGUAGUCUGCGUGAAUGUUCUGUUGAAAUCUAAAUAGCUUUCAUUUCUGUCGAACCUGGUAUACGCGUUUACUCUCAUUGAUUUCAUUGCACGACCAGGUGGUGUUGAUUUCAGGUUUUUCUGACCUCUUCAGCCUUACUGUACAUCGUCUCCCGUAUUUUUUAUUUUCUUUAAUUGAUAUAUGAUUUUCCAAAGAAGUAGUGUGUUAAGAAUAUUAUUUUCAGAAAAUGAAGAUAAAGGACACAACAUUUCUAAAAGUUUUCUUUUAACACUUUAUAAUUUUUGUCCUAUUAGAGUUAACUCUAGUGUGUUUUGUUUUUAGUGUAUGUCAUUAUGAUAUUGUUGGUUUUCAUCUUGCACUGCAACUAUACGCCAUUUCAUUUCUAAUUGUUUAUACAAAAUGACCAUAUUGUUAUAAAUUAGAAAAUACCCACUUUAAACCUGUCCUCAUUAAGUGUCAAUGAAUUGCUCAGUAGCAAGGGAAACAAAACCAAGGAAAUCAUUGAAAUAUCCCGAAUACGACAUGUUUCCAUUGGAAAUAUCACAACUAAUAUUGAAGCUAACAAGACUUGAGUGCACAAGGAAGCAUACAUACACUACCUUAUCUUCCCUGCAUAGCCUACAGGCAAAAUAUGCAAUUUCUGUCUGUUUACAUUCAAAGAGCCUUGUUAGCUUUCGAGUAUUUUUAUGUCUACUCACAGAAAACAUACGUUACUGACAAUUUUUGUACACAUGAAAAUAACUUAAUGUAGUUUGAGCUUACACUUGAUUUGUUUCCUUACAUAAGUUACAAUUUGUCCGUGAGAACAGGUGUAUCGUUAGCUUUGGCUUUACAGUUAUUCUAGUUUCGGAGUGGAUUUUACUGUACAGUGUGUUUAUAUAGCGUUACUAGUCCAUAAAUCAGUUGUGUGUUAAUUUGUGCAUCGGACGCUUUAUUAUAGUAGUUUAUCCACUGUGUAACAAAAUCAAUAAAGCAACAUUUUCGAACAUUAA